AUGUCCGCUGCUUCCGUUCUUUCUCAGCUGCGAAGUCUCUUCGAAAAAUCCGAUCAUCUAAUACCCAAACUUGACAGGAUUUAUCCGACAGAGGAGCAAUGGGAUAACAUGCGCGACUUGAGCGCGAAGCUCGCGGCGACAGCGACGACGAUCCAACAAAGAAUCCGAACCUUGGAACAAUCCCGAGCAGACAGAGCAUGGAAAGAAAGCGAGGGGCUUCGAUCCCAUGCUUUGGCAUGUAAGGGUGACAUUUUGGCCAAUGGUCGGCUGAAGCAAUCCCCGGUGUUUAGAAGGAAUAUUGUCACUAUAUUCGAGGGGCCAAAGGACUCCAAGUUUGACACUGAGGAUAUCAAAACCCGAAAGGUCACGACGCGGCAAAGAUGUGCACAAAUCCGGCUUCUGAGCCCCGAUGGUAUCAUUUCAUGGGCAGUUGCCUUCGCGCCGAGUCUCUGGGCUGGAGGAUCCAUGGCCACGGAUAUCUUCAAGUGUCUCUUAGACGACGUCGAACCAGAUUGCCAUCCUUCGUGGCCGUUAGUGGUGAGAGAUACAUUACACACGCUUCUGGAGGACGAAGAGGCCCUGCAAGGAUCUUUGGAAUACCGCAAACUUCUGAAAGCAUACGACACUCCGUCAGGGACUGGUCUGCAGAGCCAUAAAAAGCGGAAGCGGCUUGGAGACCACUACGAACCUUGCCCCCUGCCCCUCCUCAACGCCAGCAAUACCAAUGAAACGUUCCGAAAUGCCUUUGUUGCUAACCCAGCCGGUCUCAUGAAAGAAGUCUUCCUCGUAUGCAAUGCCGCAUACAGUAUGCAAGCGGUAAUCGAUUCACUACGUGCCUCGACCACGACGACAAUAAGGGACAUGGAGGACCUCCAAACCCGCCUAGAAAACACGCUCAUUUCUAAAAGUGAUGGAGACGCAACGAUCGCCCGUCUUAUGGCAGAAAAUGAAGCAUACCUAAAGAUCAUUCAGUCAAAGGAGCUUCACACCGCACACCAGAACACCCUGAUCCUGAGGCCUUCACCGGAGAGGACCCACGCUUCUGCCGAAUUUCUCCAGCACCUCGAGUUGAAGCUCGAAAUGAAUAAAGAUUGGUGGAACUCGGAACCUCAACGUAUGGGAUAUGUCGUCUCAUGCCUUAAAGGCAAAGCACAUGACCAAGUCCGCUACAACAUUAAAGAUGGGGUGGUUCUCUUCGACGAUGUCAAUGCCAUAAAAAGCACCCUUCAGUCAGCCUUCGGGGAUAUUGACGCUAAAGCUACCGCCCAACUCAAAAUCUUUGACAUGAAACAAGGCCAUAGAUCCCUUACGACAUUCCUCCCCGAAUGGUAUGCCGUCGCCAAGCUCACCGACUGGGAUAGUGGGGCGCUCAUUGCUCACCUCCGACGUGCCCUCCACGACAACGUUAUCUGGAGACUUUCUCACUAA